AUGGAUUCUGAGAAGGGCGGAAACAAUGUCGACCUGGCGGACAAGAGUGACAAUGUAGUGACAAAGAUAUCGUCCGGUGGCGAAGCUCAAGACUCUAUUGUUUACCCCAACGUCUUCUGGACCUCAUGCGUGUCUUUCGGUGUGGCCUUAGGUCUCUUUCUGGUCGGCCUGGACAUGACAAUCAUCGCAACCGCUAUUCCUAAGAUUACGGAGGAAUUCCCGGGUGUCAAUCUCAUCGGCUGGUACUCGUCAGCUUUUUUCAUCUCCCUGGCUUGCACUCAGCCGUUCUGGGGCAAGGUAUAUCCCUUCUUUUCCAUCAAAUACACCUUCCUGCUGGUCGUUUUCAUCUUCGGCGUGGGAGCACUGAUCGGCGGCCUCGCACCCAACAGCACAGUCCUCAUCCUCGGGCGCGCCAUCCUAGGCGCCAGCGCAGCCGGGAUCGCCGCAGGCGGGUACGCGAUACUGGGCGUCACCGUCCGGCCUGGUCUCCGGCCCGUGUUCACAGGCCUGAUCAACACGGUCUACAGCCUCGCCAGCGUCCUGGGCCCCAUUCUCGGCGGCGCCUUCACGCAGCAUUCGACGUGGCGAUGGUGCUUCUUCGUGAACCUCCCCGUCGCCGGCGUCUCCGCCCUUGUGAUAUUACUGCUGUUCCACCCCCCGCCCGCCAGCUCCCGGUCCAAGGUCCCACUCAAGGUGAAGAUGUCGCAUAUGGACCCUGUCGGCAUUCUCCUCGUGCUCGGUUCGCUGGUGUGCUUUACUCGUGCGGUCGAGGUGGCUGGCAUCCAUCAGCCGUGGGGUUCGGGUGAAGUCAUCGGCCUCUUUGUUGGCUCUGGCAUCGCCGCUGUAGCCUUCGUGGUAUCCCAGUAUCUACAAGGGGAUCAUGCUCUGCUCGUAUCGCGCCUCGUGAGACAACGCGGCGUGUAUGUGAGCAUGGGCUAUGGUUUCUUCCACGAGGGCGCCUUCGUCCUCCUGCUGUACUACAUUCCCAUCUACUUCCAGGUCGUCGACGGGAUUUCUCCCACCGAGGCGGGCUUCCGCAAUCUCCCCAUGCUCAUCAGCUGCGGCAUCGGUUCGGCCUUGACUGGCCUUCUGGUAUCUCGCUCCGGCUACUACACACCGUUCAUGGUGUGGGCCAGCGCCGGCGGGUGUAUCGGGGCCGGCCUUAUAUAUACCCUCGACGAGACCUCGCCCCCAGCAAAGUGGAUAGGAUACCAGGUUCUGGCCGGGCUCGCUUUCGGAAGCGGGUUGCCGCUUGGCAUUAUAUCAGGCCAGGCGAAUGCCGAGCAGGAAGACAUACCUUCUAGGACAGCCAUGCUUCUGUUCUCCUUUUGCGUUGGUAGCUCAACCUCUUUGGGAACCGGGCAAUCCGUCUUCAGCAACCUGAUUCUGACCAGGCUUCCUGCUCUUGCCCCUGGCGUGGAUCCCAUCACAGUGAUCAACACGGGUGCCACCGACAUUCGCAACGUCUUUCCUGCCGAUGCUGUGCCAGGCAUCGUACAGACUUACUUGUACGCCCUGCGUGCUGUCUUCACCGUAGUCACAGCAUAUGCCGGCGUUGCGGUUAUGUUCGCUAUCAGUAGCAGAUGGGAACGAUUAAAUCUGAAGGGGUGA